GCAAAUGACACGUCAGCUGCACGGAAAAACAUACACAAACUGCAUUACCCACUUGUAUACGACACUACCAUAAACCCAUGAGCUGCAUUUAAACCCGCAUUGCCGACUGUCACUGUGUUGCAGCCGCAGAGAUUUACCGAGUAGAUCCACGCACGCUGUAGCAUAACGCAUGCUGAGAUUGAGGGAGAGUUCAGCCUCCGAAACGACCCGCAGAAGAUGAUCAGCCCGUACCGUGGAUGAGAGUGCUUUUAUCUUCCGCAUCCCGGACAUCAUGUCAUCCCCGUCGCCGGUGCAGAUCCGAGAGGCGAACGCGCACCUGGCCGCCCUGCACCGCCGGGUCUCGGAGCUGGAGCAGCGGCUGCGGGAGGCGGAGAGGACCGUGCGGGAGCAGGCAGAGAGUCUCAUCCGCAAAGACGAGCAGCUGAGAGCCGCCACGCAGGAGAUCACGGAGGCCAAGGACAAAGAGAUCUUCUUCCUCCACGAGAAGCUCUGCCAAUCAGAGGAAUCCAUCCAUAAACUCAACCAAACCAUUAAAGAAAAAGACUCUCUGAUUGGACAGUUACAACACAGAUGUCAACUACUGGACAACAUUUGCAAAAGCCGUCCGCUACUAGACAGCAUGCUGGCCCAGAUGGCUGAAGCAGAGAGGAUGGGGCCGGUCAGUGACUUGGGGAAGCCCACCACCAACAGCUCGCUCACCGACGGAGAGUCCAACUGCAGCCCCAGCUGCCUCUCCAACCACAAAGAUUUCUCACUCAGCGAGGACGACUCUGACGAUCAGGAAUUAGAUGGGGUUGUGUUCGGGACCACUGUAUGAGAGUCUCAGUUCAACCGCUUCUCGUCUCAGGUUUAGAAAAGCCUGUGUGUUGUUUCGAUGGUUACAGUUGAUUCAGCGUCUGGUCAUCCUUUGAUAAAAUAUCCAUUGUGUCAUAAUACAGGUUGCUGAAGUGUGAAUGGGAAAUGGAAAGGGAUUCUAGUGUGGAGUCUCUGGUCGGUUCUGACUGAAUCUAUGUGCAAAAUCAUGCAAGUAUGCCUCAUAUCUUCUAAAUUUGCCCCUAAGACUACUUCAGUUCUCAUAAGUGAAUCAAACUGCAUGUUUUGGGUGUCUCCUUCGUCUGUUACACCAUUACAGGGCUGGGUCCGACAUCGCAUACUUCCAUACUAUAUAGUACACUAAAACAGUAUGCGUGCCGAGUAGUAUGUCUGAAUUCAUAGAAUUCGAAAAACAGUAUACGAGAAGUAUCCAGAUGACUUAAUAUUUCCGACGAGAUUCUGAAGUGCGCAUCCUAUGCAUGCUAUGCUAUCAAUAGAAGUAAACGAUGCAACUGGCGUGGAAAGAUCACGUGAUCAAAAUGGCGGAUGUAGUAUGUCCAAGUUCCAUCAUACUGUAAAUUGGAGUAAAUUUUGAUUCAAAUGCAGUACCUACUGAAUAGUGAUUUCGGAUGCAGCCCAGGUCUUUCAGUCUCUGCUAAUGAGCUGAUGAUCUGAAUCGGGUGUGUUUGAUUACGGAGACAUGGAAAUUUGCAGAGUUGGUGGUCCUCUAGGAACAUGGUUGAGAAACACUGAAUAAAUGGUUCUUUUUUUUUUUAUUUUAGUUAAAAUUUUAAGGGUUAGUUAUUAAUUAUUCAUACUCUCCUCGCUCCAAUCCCCUGAGACCUUCAUUUUCGGAACUAGGGUUGUCACGAUAUUUGAAUUUGAUACCAAUCGGUACUGGAAUUUUAAAAACGUCCAUUUCCUGCAAACAUUUAAGCGAUGUGGAGCGCGUUUUUAAACAGCGCUGACUUGUCAUUGUGUUCACGUGCUCAACAGAAGUGACUGUGAUUGGCCGUGAAGGUCAUUGGUUCACCAAACUCACGGCUGUUUACUUAGUGUAAUGCUAGUGUUUACUUAGCAUUUUAAAGCCGCGAUUCAUCAGUGAUUGCUUGCAUGUCAGCUUAUAGACAAACCAGCUGAUCAACGUGAUUUUAAAACAUUCCAGUGUCCCUGUAUCUGUGUUUACACUCAGUAAACAGCGGUGAGUUCCGUGAAUGGCCAAUCACAGUCGUUUCUGUUGAGCAUUUGAAAACAAUG